AUGAUUACCAAAUUCAUGACCGAGAUCAAGACGAAGUUCAACCCCUUCUCCCCGGCGGCCAAGUCGGCGCGGCUCUUCCUGUCCUUCAUCCCGCCCGCGGCCCGGUCCAGCGGCAUGACCAUCAACACGACUCUGCUGCCCAGGACUUCCACGGAGCCCCCUUCGCUUCUCGUCAAGUUCAAGGAUGGCAAGGAGAUGAACCUCGAUUGCGAACGGAUGGGCAUCAAGAACCUCAUCGAGGAGGUCGAUCGACACUCUCGCGGUCUGCAGAAGCAGGCCGACUUGACCGACUAA